AUGACGUUUAUGAGACUAAAGAAUGAAGACAAAGACAUCAACCAGCACCAAGUGGCCGAGCGGAAACUCGACUAUUUCAUCUUCCUUGGUCUAGUGGUCAUGAUUUCCGCUUCGCGGGAGACCGGGGUUCGAUUCCCCGAGGGAGAGAUUUUCUUUUUUCUUAUUUGGUAUAUUUUCCCCGUAGGCGCUGCUUAUGUCUCUCUGCUUCACAUGGAAUGA